ACCGCCUGGUCUGUAAUCUAGAAGUACUCUCCUUUUUAAAAGCUCUGUGGCCGACUGUGAAGGACUCUCGGCUUUAACUCUAUGAUAUUUGAAGCAUCGCUUUUUCUGCCCGGAGGAACUCGGGAAACGGUAGCUUAGGUGGAUUUUGUAAGCGUUGUUGGCGACCGUGGAUUUCCCCCUCUUCCCUGAAAAUGUAUAUGCUGGUUGAAACCCGUUCAAACAAUAUUCUUCAUUUAAAAAGGGCACCUGGCAUCAGAUCUUGGUCUCUCCUUGUUGCAAUCUCUUCAGUAGGCCUGGCUGCUGCUUACUACAGUGAAGAUAGCUUUGGAUGGAAACUCUUCUAUAUUGCUGGCUGUCUUUUUGUAGCUGUGCAAAAUCUGGAAGACUGGGAGGAAGCUGUAUUUGAAAAGGAUGAAGGAAAAGUUUUCCUGAAGACAUUUAACCUGUACAAAAAGUUAUUGACCCUGUCGAAGGCUGGCCACGAACAAGUGGUGUUUCCUUUGGAUGAGAUUCGAGCUGUGAACGUGGAGGAGGAGAAAGUACGUUAUUUUGGGAAGGGCUACUUAGUUGUCUUGCGAUUUGUCACUGGGCUUUCUCACCCUCUGACUCAGAAUGCAGUGAUGGGCUGUAGAAGUGAUGUGGAAGCUGUGGCCAAGCUCAUUACUAGCUUUCUUGAGCUGAACAGAGUACCAGAUCAUCAAGAUCUUCAGAACAGUAGUGAAACAGAUGGCAGUGAUAUAGAUGAACGCAAGGACCAGUAUUAACAUGAACUCUGAUGCACAGAAAGCAACAGCCCUCUGAAUGUUACAAGACUGAAUGUCUUACGUUCACACUCAGUUAUGGCCUGGUGUCUUCCGUAAAUAUAAUUGAAGAUGCAGAGAGAGAGAGACCUCCCUGUAUAUGCUGAGAACAAAUUUUGCUUCAGAGCACUCCCAACACUUAAAAUGUUUUUUUUUAUUGUCAACUGCUUAUAAAGCAGUUAAUAUUUAAACUUUUUUUAAAAGGUUUCUGCAAUAUUUGAUAUUCAGUAUUGAAAUUUCUGGUCCAAUCCUUGUACUAGAGCUUUUCCCACAUUGUCCUUCUAACUAUGAUGUAUAUACUCUUUCAAAAUAAAAUUAAGGAGGGUUUGGGAAAAGGCUAUAGGAGCCCAUCAUGUGUAGGUACUUGUGAAUUUCACCGAGGGAUUAAUAAAUGGGAAUAAAAUUGUAUAGUUUUUUAGCUGAA